AUGGGAAUGCUUUUUCCUCUGUUUUUCACCCUUUUGCUUGCAAGUACAUCUUCAAUUAGAGUAGCUCAAGAAGUCGAUGGCCAACAUCUCAAAUAUCCAGCUUUACACUUGCCUUUGUUUCAUAUGCAAGGAAGGCACUCACUUGAGAAUUCUGAGCCUCACCUGUCCUUUUCUGAGGCACUUGCAAUGGACGAAGCUCGUGUUAAAUCUCUCAAUUCCAAGCUCAUAAAGAAUAACCAGACAGCAGCUCGAGAAUCAGGACAUUUAGUUGAUCCAGUAGCUGUUACAAUUCCUCUAAAUCCUGGUGUGCCCAUUGGCGUGUUAAAUUACUACACGAAAGUAGGCUUGGGGACACCACCAAGUUUCUAUCCCGUGGUUAUUGACACGGGUAGCUCCAUCUCCUGGAUCCAAUGUGAGCCCUGCGAGGUGUAUUGCCACCCACAGGUCGGACCCCAUUUUGAUCCCUCGAGUUCUACAACGUAUAAAUCCCUAUCAUGUGACACAAGCCAAUGUUCUUCCCUCAAAGAUGCAACUCUCAACAGUCCCCAAUGUUCUUCUUCCAAUGUAUGCAUAUACGAAGCCAGCUAUGGAGAUAAAUCUUAUUCUGAAGGGUACCUUAGUCAAGAUUCACUAACCCUCAAAGCAUCAUCGGGGCCAACACUAGCUGAUUUUGUAUUCGGAUGUGGACAGAACAACGAUGGCCUAUUCGGUCAAUCAGCAGGUCUGUUUGGCCUAGCACGAAAUGAACUGUCUAUGUUUUACCAAUUGUCCACCAAAUAUGGAAAGGCCUUCUCUUAUUGUCUCCCAACAACCGAUAGCCAAACUGGCAGCGGAGGGUUUCUAUCCAUUGGGACUACUUCUUCAACAACUUAUAAGUUCACUCCAAUAUUAACAGAUUCUCGGAUGCCUAGCUUGUACUUUCUUAAGCUAUCUGCAAUCACAGUAUCUGGCAAGACACUUAACGUGCCAUCUUCGGAGUACAAUGUGCCAACCAUCAUCGACUCGGGCACAGUCAUAUCACGUCUGGCUGUGUCCAUAUACACAGCACUGAGGGAGGAGAUGGUGCAGAUCAUAUCUUCCAAAUAUCAGAUGACAGAAGCCUAUUCCCUUUUUGAUGCCUGUUUCAAAGGAAGUUUGGAGUCUAUGUCAGCAAUUGUGCCUCUGGUUCAGUUAACUUUUCCAACAGGUGGUGAGCUUAAUCUUGCCCCCCACAACGUGCUUAUAGAAGUUUCUGAGGGCACCACUUGUUUGGCCUUCGCAAGUAAUUCCGAUAACAUAGCCAUUAUUGGGAAUCAUCAACAGCAAACCUUUGAAAUUCUUUAUGAUAUUUCCAAUUCAAGAAUUGGGUUUGCAGCCGGUGGCUGCAGCUAG